AUGGACAACUCCACGUCAGGUAGUACGUUCUUCCUCACAGGCUUCUCCAAAGUCCGAGAGCUGCAGGUCCUACACGCCGUGCUCUUCCUGCUGAUUUACCUGGCAGCCCUGACAGGCAAUCUCCUCAUCAUCACAGUCACCUCCCGGGACCCCUGCCUGCACAGCCCCAUGUACUUCUUCCUGAAGAAUUUAUCCUUCCUGGACCUGUGUCUCAUUUCCAUCACGGUCCCCAAGUCCAUCGCGAACUCUCUGAUGAACCUAAACCUCAUCUCCUUCCUCGGGUGUGUGUCCCAGGUUUUCUUCUUCUUCCUCUUAGCCACUACAGAGGUGGCUCUCCUCACAGUCAUGUCCUAUGACCGCUACAUAGCCAUCUGCCACCCACUAAGAUACGGGACCAUCAUGAGCCAUCAAGCCUGUGAGCAGAUGGCAGCAUCCUCGUGGCUCAGCGGUGCUCUCAACGCAGUUCUGCACACACUUGCUACCUUCUCCGUGCCCAUGUGUGGACCUCUGGAGGUCCACCAGUUCUUCUGCGAUGUCCCCCAGCUGCUCUCCCUUGCCUGUUUCUGUAACAUUGGGGAAUUGGUAGUCAUUGGGCUCAGCCUCCUGUUGGACCUCGGCUGCUUUGUGUUCAUCGAUGUUUCUUACUUCCACAUCUUCUCCACCGUUCUGAAGAUGCCUUCCAGAGAAGGCCGAUCCAAAGCGUUCUCCACAUGCCUGCCUCACCUCAUGGUGGUGACUCUGUUUCUGUCUUCUGGGUUUUUCGCCUAUUUACACCCCCUGCCCAAGUCUCCAUCAUUCCUAGAUUUGCUAGUUUCUGUCUUCUACACAGUGGUGCCACCAACUGUGAAUCCCCUCAUCUACAGCCUGAGGAACAAGGACAUGCAGAAGGCCCUCAGGAGACUGCAGCUGAGCAGGUGUCACCCUGCACAUUAG